AUGCCGACACCGCAAAAGAAAAAAUCCAAAUAUGUUAAUAUGUUUAGCAAUGAAGGAAAACAACGAAUGAUCGUUCGAUUACCAGGUCGAAACACAUGCGAAUGUCAAGCAUCGAAACAUAAACUGAUUAGUAAUUGUCUGAAAUGUGGUCGAAUCGUAUGUGAACAAGAAGGAUCGGGUCCAUGUUUUUUCUGUGGAAAUUUAGUUUGUAGCCGUGACGAAAGACAAUUGAUUAUAUCGGGUACACGAGAAGGAAAACAGCUUGAAGAACAGUUAUUAUCAAAUCAAUUCCGUGACAAUGCAUCACAAAAUAUGCCAAGUAGAAACGAUGAUUCAUCUCAGUUUUCAUUAAAUGAUAUUGCGAAAGCAGUAGCAUUUAAAAAUAAAUUAAUUGAAUUCGACCGAACAAGUGCACAAAGAACUCAAGUUAUUGAUGAUGCUUCUGAUUAUUUUGAUAGUAAUAAUAAAUGGCUUAGUCAACAACAACGAAGUAAACUUGAAAAACUUCAAACUCAAAAAGCUGAAAAGAAAAACACACAAAAUCAAAAGAUUUCAAUUGAUUUUGCUGGAAGACGAGUUUACACGGCAGCUGAACAACUGAGUGAUCGAUUGUAUGACGAAGCCCGAGCUGUUCAUGACAAUGAUCAAUAUGAAUUAGAAGGGGAUCGUGUUCAACAACAAUUAGUUCCAACUUGGGAUGAUGAUGAUGAUAAUGAUCUAAUAAAUCAUAAUUUACCUGAAUCUAUGUCAGCUCCUCAAUGGGUUGAACAACAAAGUAAGAGUCAGUCCACCACUCCAUUGAAGACUUUAUCGCAGAUGACUAUCGAAGAUACUGAUCGAGAGCGUUUACGUAUUCAAGAUAAAGAAUUAAUGCAAAUGACAGAUGAUGGGAUGUGUCUUACAAUGCAUCAACCAUGGGCUUCAUUAUUAAUUCGUGGAAUUAAAAUGCAUGAAGGUCGAUCUUGGUAUACUUCACAUCGUGGACGUUUAUGGAUUCAUUCAGCAGCUAAAGAACCUGAACAAGAAACUAUUUUAAGUAUGGAACAAUUUUACAAAUCAAGAAACGACAGCGAUCAUAAAAUCGAUUUUCCAACUGAAUAUCCUACAUCGGUUUUACUCGGAUGUGUUGAGCUUGUUGAUUGUUUAGAUCGUAAUGCAUAUCUUGAACAAUUUCCUGAUGGUGAAUCUGAUUGUGAUUUUGUCUUCAUAUGUGAAAAUCCCCAAGAACUAUUUUUUAAAUUACCAAUGCGAGGCCAGCAUAAAAUUUAUAAAAUGGAAAAGCAUGCACAUCAAGCAGCAAAGAAGAUUCUUCUGCGAAGAUUACAAUAA